UUCAAUAUAUUAGUCAACUUAACAAUACUGGGAAGAGAGAGAGACUAAAAAUUGGCAGUCCAGCAGCACAGGCAUAAAUGACCAGAUCAGAUCUGAGCCGCGUAACUGUACAAAGGCGGGAAUCAAGAAGAAGAAUACAGAGUUACCGGUGGCGAAGGAAGGAUCCAGAUCCAGGAGUGUCAGCCGAUGUAAAUAUGAAUGUGGAGAGCCAAGAGAAGGAUGGCGUAGAGAGCGAAGAAGAUGAGGGUGUGAAUGAAGAUGGCUUUGCCGUUGGUCUUCAUGCCUCCGAACUCCAGCUGCUUGCUGUGUCCAGGGAAGGAACAGAGCAACCCUGGUUGAAGCAGCACGAACAGCACCACGCCGAUGAACACUGGGGCCCAAUCCGCCAUUUCCUUUUUCGAUCAGAUCAAAAGUUUGCCGAUCUCUUUUCCAAUUCCCCGCUUUCGCAGCCUCACCGACUCCACUUCGGCGUGCACGUUCCACUAGCGAAGGCCAGAGGUCUGGCCUCAAUUUCAAAACCGUGA